GGGCAGAGAGAUACACACACAGCCCAGAGCCAACCCAGGGACUUGGCAAAGGAAAGGGAUCAGGGAUCCUGGAUGAAACGGACGUUUUGUUACCAAGGCAGAGAUCUGGCAGUUGAGUCAUCACACCGUCACAUUGGGAUUGUAGAACUAUAAGGAGUUCUGAGCUGGUGCCCAUUUUCCCUUUGUGUUGAGGUCAGGAUUCGGUUUUCACUAUGUCUGAUGGGGACUACGAUUACCUCAUCAAAUUCCUAGCGCUCGGCGAUUCAGGAGUCGGGAAAACCAGCUUUCUCUACCAAUACACAGAUUCCAAAUUCAACUCCAAGUUCAUCACGACAGUCGGCAUAGAUUUCAGAGAAAAGCGAGUGGUCUAUAAGCCCAGUGGUGCAGAUGGUAAUGUAGGGAGGGGACAGAGAAUACAUCUUCAGCUUUGGGACACAGCUGGCCAAGAGAGAUUCCGCAGUCUAACAACUGCUUUCUUCAGAGAUGCCAUGGGAUUCCUGCUGAUUUUUGACCUGACAAGCGAGCAGAGUUUCCUCAAUGUCAGAAACUGGAUGAGUCAGCUCCAAAUGCACGCUUACUGCGAAAACCCAGACAUUGUCUUGUGCGGCAAUAAAAGCGAUCUGGACGAUCAGAGGGUUGUAAAAGAAGAGGAAGCCAAGGAAUUGGCAGAGAAAUACGGACUCUCCUACUUUGAAACGAGUGCGGCAAUUGGGACAAAUGUGAACAAGGCGGUGGAUACUCUGUUGGACCUUAUCAUGAAGCGAAUGGAACGGUGUGUGGACAAAUCUUGGAUACCUGAAGGCGUAGUAAGGUCAAAUGGCCACAGCUCCACUGAGCAACUAAAUGGAGAUGACCAGGACCAAGGGAAAUGUGCCUGCUAGAUUUGGCAUGUGUGCAAACUUUUUUUUUUGUUUGUUUGUUAAUGAUUUGAGCUAAACCACGUAUUUUUCUGAUAUGCAUGCCAUGUCCCAAACUAAUAUUUUGAUAUAAUAAGAUAUUUGUGGACUAAAGAUUACUAAUGCCAUCUGUGAAUUACGUGUACUCUUCUGUUUCUACAGGAGAUCAGGGCAGGUUGAGCACCAGCAAUAGCUAAUUCAGGGUUGGCGCAAGAUUUUGAAAGUCUGAGUGACCAUUUCUGAUUUUAAUAGACCGGUACAAAUGUAGACAGACCCUGGAGUGGUAAGAAGCGACUGCCAAAAACUAAUCACUUAAUUCUUUGCUUACACAAUCUUUAUUUUAAACGAGUCUUCUGGUGCACCUUGUGAUACUACUGUAGUCUCGUCAUUCUUUCCCUUUAUACACGAUCGGGGGCUUCUUUCUUUUGAAAACCAAUCUUGAGUUUUCUCACUUGGUGUCUGAUUUUUAAAAUUCAUUAUUUAUGGGUUUUAUUGCUGAUUCCUGGUUCUUGCGAUCUGAGCAAAAAUAAACCAUACUUCAGAUUCCUUUGCACGGAAAGAUUUGUUCAAAUUUGAUACUGUAUGUGCCCACAAGAACUGCUAGUGCAUUGCCAAGUCCUUAUACUGGACUAAUGCUAAACUGUUUAAAUCCUGCCGAAUACUUGAUUAGAUCCAAGGUAGAGUUAAUUUAAUGAACCUCUCGUAUGAAGGUGUUUUUUUUUACAAAAAAUACACUCUACCAGUUUCAUGUUGGUUUGUAACAUGUUGGGGGUUAUUGGAAUGAAGGGGGAGAUAGCACUUUAGAAAAGGAAUGUGGUCUUUAAAUCAGUAUGAUGGAUCAAGGUAAACCGAAUUUUCAAAAUUGUUUCCAUUGGGAUUAAAAGUUUCUGGAUUGUAAAUGUAAUUAGAUUUGAUACAAAUUGUUAAAAAUACUGUAUUUUUCUCUUAUGUACAUCUGUUUACAAUGCUGUUUUUAAAAGCCUUAUUUGGGGGAAAAAAAGUAUCAUGUCCUUUCUAAUAAAACCAAAAUCCUCUU